UACAAAUUGCAAAGAUGGCGGCUCCCUACUCACAAUUUUCCCCCAGUCCGACUCCAACGGUAAAUGUCAGUGUAGAAGCUGUCUUAGAAAGCCAAAUUCAGGAAGUCAGGGCAGUAGAAAAGCCAGAAGCACCAGAAGGUCAUGAAAUUCAAGAAAUAUAUGUACCACCACUGUCAAUGUCAGAGAAUCUGACAAAGUUGGCACAGAAAAUUGAUUUUUACAAAGAUGAAAGUGAUGAAAAAGGCAAGCCAACAUCUGAAGGAGAGAAAGAGGAGGAGGAAAAGACAGUGGCAGCCUUCCAACCCUCACUCUGGCCCUGGGACUCGGUCAGAACUAAACUCAGAACAUCACAUACAGAGAUGAGUGUACUUCUUGAUAUACUUAAUAUAGCAUCCAGUAAAGAGAAGCGAUACAUGGUACUAGAUCCUGUCCAACAGAAUGCUCCCGAUCCAAAGUUAGCAAUACAGCUUAUGUCAAAAAGAAGGGCCCUACAGUCAGCAGCCAGUGUUCUUCAGUCUGGUGCAGAAAGGUUACGGAAAUCACAAGCUGAAAUCAACAGCAAAAAUGACUUCCAUCUGGAACUUUUAAAUGUGCGACAGAGUUGGAGACUUAAAAAGACGGGGACCUCCAUACUAGGGGAUCUCAGCUACAGAUCAGUUGGAUCACGGUAUUUACAUAAUGGAGUGUUUGAGGUGGUAAAGAGCUCAGAUCUGAAUGCUGAGGGGGAGUUUCUGGCCCAGCGGGGGAGUCUGGAUGUUGUUGUCCCCACAGAGUUAGAAGGGGCUGCAUACAUACAAGUGGAGGUUAAAUCUGUUCCAGACACCAUGGAUCUGACAGGUGCUAUACUUAAAAUACCAUCAGGAAUUGGUCCAGUACGAAGUGAAACUUACUGGCAGCAAAAGCUAGAGAAAGCACAGAAUGUCCUGUUCUGUAAGGAGAUCUUUGCACAGCUGGCCAGAGAGGCAGUUCAGUCCAAAUCCUCUGUCCCUCACCUGGUGGUCGGGAACCAGAUAAUCACCAAUGUGUUUCCAGGUAUACAACUCUCCAUUGUCUUGUGUCACUCCACAGGAAAAGAAAAAGAGAAGAAGCUUCCUCAAUAUAAAAUGGACCACAACCAUGUGUUAGAACACUCACUCCACCAGCUGCUAAGAGAGAACCACUUCAAGAACAUUAACUUUCCUGCCCCUCACCCUGUGACAGCUCUGGUGGGACUGACCAAGCGCCGGAGACUUGCCGGACCGAAUGCUCUCAGUCGUAAACAGCUGAUGGAGAUGUCAGAAAGUGAGAGCAUGUUGGAUCAAAUCAUCAAGCAGACAAAGCAUAAUGUCCUCCGGUUAAGGACAAUGCAGACCAUUGAUGGGUUUGCGGCCACUUUGUCUGACCCCCAGUUGACUGUCCACUGGAGUUGUUGUAACAGCAGUACAGAGGCCAGCUGUAGGGUCAUCAUCACAUCUCAAGGUUAUGACCUCAGGGUAUGGCACAGUUUUGUUAUCAUCAUUGGUGUAGACAGUUUGAAGGUCAUCAUUAAGGAGGGAAGAGUUUUCUUUUUAUCCUUUGAGGAGAAAGAACUACAAGACUUUAUUAUGUGGCAGGUAUCUCAGCACCAGAUCUCAGUGUCACAGAACUUAGCCCGUCUAAUGGGUUGGCAGAUCAUGAGUACUAGUACAGCAAUGGGCGUGUCUGACCUAGAAUCUUCAGGGACCGCCUCCUCCCUCAUCCUAGCAGCUCCAAAUAAAGAAAGGAUUCUUGCUAUAAAGAGUGGGCCGUCCAGUGGAAUUAAGGUGUUCCUGCAGUUAUCACAGAAAGACAACAAAAACAGAGUUAUCCUUCCUGAUAGUAAAUGGCAGAGUGUAGGAGCUGACUUUCAGCAGGUGGAUCUGACCAAAUUCGAGGGCCGGAAUUUUGCCUCUAAACUAGAACUGUUAUUAGCUACAUUGUCGCAUGAUUCUUCACAAAAUUCAUCCCAAUAAAAGUAACUUAUCUCAAA